UUGACAGUUUGUGAUUGUGCGUGUCGCUCGUUUCGCCGAUUUUAUUUAUAAAAUAUCACAUUUUGUCUAUUAAUAAACCAACUGAAUACUUUUAGAACAACAUUUAGAUACAGCAGGGGCGCUCCAAGGUGCAGUGUUUAUAUCACAAGCGCGUAAUUAAAUGAUAUUCCGAGCGCGAAUAUUUCGUGUGUGAAUUUGUACCGAAACGAUGUUUUCGUUUGUAAUAACUGAAUUUUCUUGUGAUAAUGUGAUCUAGACAAAGUUUGGCCAGUGUCUGUGGGCUUGAAAUAACCGUAUCACAUAUCAUUGAUCUGUACAAAUCAAUGUAUUGAUAAGAUAUAAAGUUGUGUUUUCGUUCUGAUUAGGAAGGUUCAGAAGUGAUAAUCUGGUAUGAAAGACGUGAUAAUAGAGUGUACAAUGCUGUCGUGGUGGGUCUAUUGAACUAUUGACUUGUUGUUUAAGUGUUAAGUGUGAGUGUAAAUAAGCGAAAAUGCCUGGGAAGAUAAAGGUGAAAGUGUUGGCAGGCCGGAACCUCCCGGUGAUGGACCGGGCUAGUGAUACGACGGACGCGUUCGUGGAGAUAAAAUUCGGGAGUAUCACGCACAAGACUGAUGUCUGUCGAAAGUCCCUGAACCCUCACUGGAACAGCACAGAGUGGUACAGGUUUGAGGUAGACGAAUCAGAGCUUCAAGACGAGCCACUCCAGCUCCGGCUGAUGGACCAUGACACGUACUCCGCCAACGAUGCUAUCGGGAAGGUGGUGAUCAGCCUCGCGCCGCUGCUGGCGCGGGAAGCCAACAAUGCCAAGAGUACUGCUACUCCUCAUGGGGGUGCAGUGAUGUCCGGUUGGAUCCCAGUCUUCGACACGAUGCACGGCAUCAGGGGCGAGCUGAACGUCAUCGUGAAAGUGGAGCUGUUCUCAGACUUCAACAAGUACAAGACUUCCAGCUGUGGAGUGCAGUUCUUUCAUUGUCCAAUGAUACCUCCCGGCUACAGAGCGACAUCUAUCCACGGGUUUGUAGAGGAACUGGUGGUGAACGAUGACCCGGAGUACCAGUGGAUUGACAAGAUCAGAACCCCUAGAGCAUCCAACGAAGCUCGACAGGUGGCCUUCAUCAAACUUAGUAACCAGGUCCAGCGUUUAGUAGGUCUGAAAGCAGCUGAGCUGGGAGCGAACGCUGUGGUGGGUUACCAACAGGACUUCGAUCUAGAAGGGGAGGCAGGAGUGGUGGCCAGAGCUAUCGGUACCGCCGUCAGUAUAACUCCUCUCCCCAUGCCAAGCCAAACAUUAAACAUGCCACCUUGCACGCAACAACAAUUAAAAAAGUAUUUGGACAUUUUGGCGACUGAUAACGAGAGUAUUACUGAGAUGUCUGCUUACUACCAGACGCAUCAAGAGGAGCUUCAGAAACUUCUCUCGAUCUUGAAUCCUAAUGCAUCAGCUUUACUCGAUGAAACGGAUGCUAUUGAAGAAGACGAGAGUAUGGAUGUGCAGAGGCACCCCAGCAUCAACAGCUACGCUGGAAGCGUCUCCAUAUACAGAGACGAAUAUCCGCACAGAAGCAGCCUCAGACACCUAUCAGAAGACCAAACGGAUCUGAACAAACUUCUCAACAGAGAGAGUGACGAUUCUGACUCUUCAGGACCUAUCGAAAAGCUGAAGAAGAUCAAAACUAACUUUUUUACUAAGAGAUUCAGUCGUCGGUCCGCUGGUAAACAAUCUUCAUCGUCAGACAAGCAAGAAGACACCAUAUCUCUAAGAUCUAACGCAUCUGAUUCCUCACGCAUCUCACUAGGCGAUAUAAAACAUGAAUUGAGGAAAUUAAGCUUGAAGAAACCGAAAUUCCGUAAACCAUUCGUUAAUAAGGAGGAUGAGGGCGAAGGCAUGGCUUCAAUCCUCGCUAGAUCGAUCAUUCAUGUUCAAACAAGUCUCGCCUGUAUUGCUGAGACUCAGGAUUCAGAAGCCUCUCCAGGCUCAACCCUAAGACGAACGAGUGAAUCUGAGCCUGCCCUCAACAUAUCUGAUGAUGAGAAAGUCAAGGCAAAAGAAAACGAUGGACCCACUGAAGAACAGAAAAAGAUGCCAGAAAUAAGAUUCACUUCUUUGAGCAAUAUUAAUUCUGAUCAAGUAAUACCGCCGAGGGAGCGAAAGAUAUCAGAGUCUUGUCCAGCUACCCCAAUGCCAGAGAGAAACGAAAAUCUCCUAACAUUACCUGGAGAGCCUGGUUACUACGGGUCAGUUUCCUCUGCACUCUCGGCUGAAAGCUCCGAGAUAGAGUCCAGUAGCGAUGAAGAAGACGAUGAUGAAAGUUCUGAUUUGAAAACAGAUACCGAGAGGUCCAUUGAAACUACUAGCUCUAUAGUGCAAUCAGUUCUAAGCCAUGACAUUAAUCCAAAACUGAUUGCUAGCAUGGAUAAAAAGCUAAACAUCCUUGAAAGUAGCCCGGAUCUUACUGAAACUAAACCAGUAGAAAUAAAAAAGGAAAUCGAUAAGAAAACAGAAGUAGAACAACAAGUAUUUGAUAAUCAAGUGCUUAUUGAUAAAUGUAAAUCACUGGAGUCAGUGCCUCGAGAAGUCGAAAGUAAGAUAGUUGUCGAGAAACCAGUGAGAUCAAACGAAGCUUCGACGUCAUCGGUGAAAGACGCCACGUGUGUAACAAAACCCAGUAGCCAUCAUAUUAAAUUCCACAAUCCCUUCUCUCACAAAAAGCCUGCUAAAAGCAUUAGCGAGCCGUCAUCUCCAGUAGAUAAAGGUAGCUUCGUCCAUCGCUCUUCCCGACGCAUACGACGUCAAUUGUCAAAGUUGUCUAAAAGCCCUAUGAUUAAAAGUAUUUCUCAUUAUUCUUUGCAUCCGAAAAAGAAGGAGAAUAAAACUCCUUUGAGUCAGCCUGGGUCGUCCUCCGAUGUUCGUUCGAAAGCUCCGAGCGAGACUGUCCUGGGUUCUCCAUUCUUAUCUUAUAACGAUUUGAUGAGUCUCGACAAGGACAGUAUUGAUACGAACAAAUUCUUCCACAAAAGCGAUGAAUUUGAUCACGUAAAAGUAUCCAUGUAUAUUGGAUCGGAGCCUGUUUCAAGGUCCUCUCUCAGUGGUAUUUCGUCUCUUUACCAUAAAGAGGAACCUCAUCAUCACACUGAGAAGAAACAAUCUCUGAAGCCUACAGGAUUGGUUCACACUGCCAUGGAAACUAUCCUGCUAGAUAAAGUCCAGUCUUUACUUCUACCUACUUCUCCUGAUUCAGAAUCUGUUAAGAACAAACAGUUUUUCGAUGACGUUAACGAGAAGUUAGGUAAAGUUGAAGAGUAUAGGAAUAACAACAAUUCUUCAUACGGCAGUAGUAUUAAUAUGGCACCAUCUAGUAGACCAAAGAGUCAGUCUCCGCCUGUGAACACUAGACCAGUUGUAGUCGGUGGUAUUAAGAAGGUUGACAAAGGACAUGAACAUAAAAAUAAACCACCAAGUUUAGUACAAACAGCGAUGGAAACUAUGCUUAUGGAUAGAGUUCAGUCUGUCCUUAUCCCUUCUACUCCAGAGACUCCUCACCCAGAAAUCGUUUUCGAAGGAAACGAUCGAACAGAAACUGGAGAAGGAUCCAAAAUGAAAGUUAAGAAACCUAUAGCUUACAUCCAAUCUUUGCUUAGUCCGAAAUCUCCAGACCAUACUUCACCAACUGAAAAGUUCUUUGACAGUAAGCCUAAAAAGAAGGAAUCCAUGUCAACUGGACUGGUUCACACGGCAAUGGAAACAAUGUUAAUGGAAAAAGUCCAAUCAGUUCUUGGCCCAGAAACACCUGAACCAGUCUCAUCUGUAUUUGAUGAUUACGAUAGAGCACAAAGGCCGGAAGAUUUUAAAAAGAGAGAGGAAAAGCCACAUGGUUUAGUUCAAACUGCGGUAGAAACGAUGUUAUUGGAAAGAGUCCAGGCAUCAGCCCUUGGUGGAAUUGUACCAGAUCCUGUUAUACCUACUGAUGAUAAACUACACGAGUCGGAUAGGAAUGAAAGUUCGUCCGGUUUAACUCAUACAGCUGUUGGUACUAUACUCAUGGAUAAAGUCCAGACUUUGGUUGGACAGCCUGGUGUUGUUUUCGCUGUCCCACUACAUACGGCUGACACAGAUUCUGAUAAGUUUAAAAAAUCCAGCAAAGAUGAUUUAAGGCCUACUGGUCUUGUGCAUACAGCGGUUGAAACUAUGCUUCUAGAUAGAAUGCAGGCUUCUGCACUAGGAGCGCCAGUUCCACAACCGGUAGUUCCAGCUGAGGAAGACCAAGAUCGUAUUUCUGUUGAUACAAACAAAAAGGAAGAAGUUGGUGGACUUACUCAUACUGCAAUGGAAACAAUAUUGAUGGAUAAAGUCCAGUCCUUAGUUGGUCAACCAGGCAUCACGUUUGUCGAACCGAAAACGUUUUCUGAUGAUGAGCUGGAAGAAGCUAGUCAUCGAAACGAUGAUUUAAAAUCACCUUCUCUUGUCAAAAAUGUUGUAAAGAAUAUAUUGUUAGACAAAGUGCAUACUUUAGCUGAAGAGAAAGAAGUAGCUGUUGAAAAGAUGAAAGAAAUAUUUGAUAAAUCACAUUCUCGUGAAAAUUUGAAGCCUGAAGGUUUGAUUCAUACUGCUUUCGAAACAGUUCUGUUAGAUAAGGUUCAGACUUUGAUACCUACUGAACCAGAUACAUCUGAAAAUAAGAAAGAAGACGAAAAAAUUAAUGAAGAUAAAUCAGAAAUCGACGCUGCGAUAAAACCGAAAGUAAUUCAAUCUGAAGCUGACAAAUCUACAACACAAAAAGAAACAAUAAAACAAAUAGAAAAAAGCAAAUCAGUACCCGAAGCAAAGAAAAACAAAAAACUCACUCGCCAAAAUAGCGUAGAAUCAAUAACAGAGACCGAUACGCCUAAAAUGUCCAAACCAGCUAACAUUUCACCUAGCGACGUAACUAAGCCUGUCAUAGUGUCUCACCCACAACUUGGUGCACUAGAAACCAUACCUUCGUUACCAGAGACCAGCGUAGACGAAGUAGAACAAGUAGACCAAAUAUACCAAGUAGACGGAGUAGACCAAAUAUACCAAGUAGACGGAGUAGACGAGACUAACAAUAGUGUGUGUGAUAACUCGCAUGCCGUGUGCGAUAUCAACAGGAGUGAACGAGACAGGGAUAGGCGCGAGGAUAAGUGCGACAAGGACAGAGGAUCGCCGCGCCACGCUCGCCAUGAGUCGUACGGUGGGAGGGAGCCGGCUCAGGCGUCGCAUGCGCAGAACUCUUCCUUGAACGCCACGUCAACGCCACUGGGCAUUCAUAGGAGGUCGUCCGAUUCUGAUCUUAGUGUAACACCUAAAGGUGGAUCACUAAACACAUCAGCGGGUAACGUAGGUAGCGGCGGUGGCGCCAUCUUGCGGCCCUCUAUGAACAGCAACAACCUGGACAUGCUCGAAUAUCCGUUCCUCACCAUGACUGAGUACCCGCCUGGAUUUAUUGUGCAUAUUGGUGGCACGGUAUGCGCCCGGUCAGUGAAGUUGGCGGACGGCGGGGAGGGCGCGGCGCGCGCCGCCUGGUGGGCCGAGCUGCGGACCGAGCUGCGGGCGCAUGCGCGCGCGCUGCGCUGUAACGCCGUCAUCGCAUACACUGAGAACACUGCUAUUUGCGAGGACGUGUGCGUGCUCUCAGCGUCCGGUACUGCGGUAGUGAUCAACUUAGACUGCGACUUUAAUGCCGAGCCGGAACCUACCUCAGCGCCAGCGGUGCCGGGCGCGCGGUCGGCGGAGGAGUCGGAGUGCGAGUGGUGCAGCGUGGCGCACGUGCCGUACUCGCCCGGCGCCGGCCCGUAUCGAGCCGAGCUCGCCGUCUGCGGGGGCUGCCGGCGAGCCCGCGUGCCCACAGUACUACUCGCGACGUGUGCCAAGCCCAGCAAGUUGGUGUCUCACGCUAAAGCCAUCACGCUCACUGCCGUCGCGGCUAGAGUGAGGAGAGCGCCGCCCACAUCGGAGCCCGGCGCGAGAGACAUCUCCGACCAACUUCCCUUCCUAGAAUACGAACUACACAAGUUACUACUCGCUAAACUGAGGAUGCAGGGCGCGAACGCGAUAUUCUCGCUGCAGACGCAGAUAGCGAUCGGCGAGCGCUGCGUGAUGGCGCUGGCCAGCGGGACCGCCUGCAGGCUGGCCGCGCUGCCGCCGCCCACCCCGCCACGGAUCAAGGCGUCAGAAAACGACAAAGACGCGUUAGAAAUACAGAAAGCACUGUGGGACUCGUUCGCGGCUAACCGAUUGGCCAACGGGUUCGAUGUCGGAGUCCCCGAGCAGUCGAGUGGCGGCGCGCUGCCGGAGUUGGAGGGCGAGGAGGCGCCCGCACUCGACCUCUGUGCCGACAAGGACGCAUGCGUACUCGAACUCGACGAGGCCGAGGAUGUAGAAACAGCGCGUGCACUGGCCAAGCGUCACGUGAACAUGCAAGUGUACACGCACGGACUCAAACCCGUCAUCGGAGCUCCGCCGCAGGCGUUUGCGCAGGUAUGGCGCGGCCGCCUGACCCUGGGCGGAGGCGGGGGCAGUGCGUGCGUGGAGCGGCACGUGCGGCGCGCACUGGACGGCGUGGCGUACAAGCUGCGGCGACUACUGCCCGCCGCACUCGUCGCGCCACGCUUCCAACUAGAGCUGCCUGAGGACGAAAUCCAGCUAAUAGUAUCAGGAGCAGCGAUCCCCCUUCAAGACCCGAACAAUCCUGAAACAAACACGGUGGAGAACGGCCACCCCAGUAGUCACAGCAGUCACGGCAGCCACGGUAGCCAUGGCAACGGGAACGGAGACGCUGAUGACGACAUCUUCGAGCUGGAUGAGGAGCAGCUUGUGAAGAGUCCACCCGAGUUACCUGAGGAGAAGAGUAGUAUUAAUGGACAGGUCCCGACGACAGUGUCCCUAACGACCCUGUCCCAUAUCAGCGGCAGUCGUAUCUCGCGGCGCCUGUGUGCGCUGCGCCUACUGUUCGUCAGGGAGACCACGGCCGUAAGGGAACUUGGCGGGCUUAGCGGGUUCCUGCAUACAUUCACUUGUGAGGUGAUGGCGAUAGUCCGCGCGUACACGGCGGCGUUGGGCGGGAACGCGCUCACAUCCUUCUACAUCACGCAGCUCAUGUUGCAAGACAAUGCGCAUAAGAAUCAGGGUCAAUGUCUUCUGUCCGUAGGAGGCGACAUAGUACAUAUAACAUACUGAAUACUGUUAACUAUAACAUGACAUAUCUAUGACACUUGUUAUAUAUUUGUAAUUUAUUAUACGUAGGUACCUAGUUCAUUAUUUUGCUGAUUUUCGAAAUGUUAUCGCCCUAACUUGUGUUCCGAUUAUGUGAUUUUUAUUUUAUAAGGUUUUUUGAAACUAAUUUUAUUUUUAAUGUAGGAGUUUCUUUUAAUCGCUUCUCUUAGUCAAAAGCACGUCUGUGAAUUUUUAUAAUGAUCUUUAUUGCGUGGUAUCAAGGUCUAUUUUACUAUGCUGGUAGUCUCGCCAUUGAAAAUGAUAUAAAUCGGUCGCUAAGUCAUGAAUUUCUUUUAAUACAUUUUCAACCUUACCCUUUUGUAAUAAAGUUAGAAAUCUAUUAAUGACAAAAAAACUAUUAAAGACUAUAAUCGCCUGCUAAACGUCCAUCGUUGUCGUCGUUAAUCGAUUUUCAGCCCUAUCUAUUUGUAAUAAAGUUUAAAAUCUAUUGCUGCAGACUGAUUUCUAUCAUUAUCAUUGGCGAGACUUUGAAUCCAGCUCAAUCGACGUGUAACAUACAGUAGCGUGCAAAAAUAUAGUGAAAUUAAUCACAUGAGAUUUUUUAUAUUAAAAUUAAUAUUUAAAAAUCGCUUGUAAGUAGAUUUAAUUAAUAAUUUUGAAUCGAAUUACUUAUACCAAUGAAAGAAAAUUGUGUUUCAUGUUUGCACGCGAUUGUAUUUUUGUAAAAUGUAUUAAAAAUACCUAUUGCAUGUUUCCUAAAUGUAUUCAAUUUAGGGUUAAGUCAGACUGUUUAAUAUACUCAGUUGUUUUCAGUGUAAAUGUUUUACUUGGUAAGAUAUAUUUGUGUGUUGUAGGAAUGUAAUGAUUGGGAUGUAUCUUUAGUAAAAAUCGUUUAUCUUUUCAAUACAUUAAAAUUUGUCCAUUAUUUUGGAAAAAGAAAUGCUAAAAAUAACUUAGUUCAUACACAUUAUUGGUUAAUUUCUGAUACAUAUGAUAAGAAAAUUUAAUAUGUCUUAUCUCGUCCAAAGAUCAUAGAAACGCUUUUUUUGUAAUUCUUAAAUUAGUAUUUUUUAAUCGUUGCACCACACUAGUAUUUUCUCCUGUGUCGUGGGUGCGUUUACAAACAUACGAGUUCACAUACACAUCACAUCCAGACCCGAAACAACAAUCUGUGGAUCACACAAGUUGCUCCGUGCGGGAAUCGACCCCGCUACACUUUAUAUCGUACAAAAAUGAUUUGUAAAUGUGUUAAAUUCUUUGUUCCCUAUUAUUGUAAUAUUUUGUUAAUAUUUAUGUAAGUAAAUCUUAAUUGAACUUGUUUUUAUAUAAAUUAGGAAUUGUAAUCCAUUGUUGUUCAUACGUUUUCUUGGCCUAAAAUUAUUCUUGCCCAAAUUCCUUUUUUUUUAAGGUACAGAUGUGCAUAUAAAAUGCUUAUUGGGAAGAUUUUCUAAAGGUUUAGCUUCAAUAGUUCCUUGAUCUACAAACUAAUUAUCAAAUACUAUUUACAAUGAAGCAAAUACAAAGAGAAGAUGUCAUAACUGGAUUUCCCUUUAACAUAAUGCGUGACACUUUACGGGGAACGCGAGACGUUACAAACCACGCCCCUUUCCUUCCAUCUAGCGGUCCGAUACUACAAAAACGUUGCCACUUGUCCACAUUUUAAUGUGCCACUUUCUAAGCGCUUAUAACCUACACUUUUUACUUAUAAUAUCAUUGGGCAGGGCCGAUGUUUUGUGUCACAGUGCACAAUCACAUUAUGGUAUCUCCUCUUUGUACUUGCUUGGCCUCAGUGCAGUCGGGCCCUAGUUUAAUUGUACUCAAUAGAUGGCGUUGUAAUCAAAUUUUAGUCACUGCAGUUAACUUCAGAUGUCGUAUGUAUUAUGUAUUGUAGAUAUAUGUAAUAAUAAAAUAUGAUUUUGUUAAUUUAUUGUAAAUAACUCUACGGUUAGUGGGAAUGUAUGGUGCUAUGUAAUGUUUUCUUGGUUUUUAUCGUUAUAUUGUUUUACUUUUGGUGACAAAACAAUAUACAAUUUCUUUUCUAAAGAAAGCUUACUAUUUCAAUAUCAAUAGGCUUACCCCCUUAUUACAUGGGACUUAUAACACAAAUGGUAAAAAGUGGGUGUACAUUGUAUAGCGGCAUUACGUGCCGUAAUGUGCACCUCUGCCUACCCCUUCGGAGAUAAAAGACGUGACAUUGCACGUUGCGUACUAUUACUGUUGACUUUUCAAUUUAAUAUCUGUGUUGCCUAUUGAGUAAUAGUAAAAAAGCAAAACAAUCAUUAUACACAUUUUGACUUAUUUUGAAUUUGUCGCAAUAGAUGGCAGCACUGAGUCGGAAUUACCACUUUGUCUCUGUGAGUUCCGUAUAUGGAUUUUGUAAAACAUUGCUAAUUGAUCCUAUUAGCUUUGUUCUCAAAAAUGUAGUUUUAUUCAAAUUUUUUUCUAUUUUGCCACCAAAAGUAAAUAUUUAUUCUCUUAUUCGACCUAUAUUAAAGUUUUACGUAUUAUGAAUUUACUAAAUAUAUGUCGUAUGCUCUCACGCUUUGUAUACUUAUAUAGGGUGACUGAUAAUUAGUGAACGAUACUUAAACACGUGAUUGUACUCAUGAUUACAAACAACUUUCCCAAAGAAACUUUUUUGUAUACUCAUUAGAUUUAUUUUUAUCACAAUAAAAAAAGGAACAACAAUUGCGUAUUUAAAUAUCGUUCACUAAUUACCAGUCACCCUAUAUAUUUCAUGGUAUUAUAUACUUGUAGAAACUUCUGUCAUUACUUAAUAGGCACAAAAAUGAUCCUUAGUACCUUGGUCGUAAGAUAUUUUAUUGCGUGUAACUUUGUUAUCUUAUGGCUAUAUUAGUAGCUCAAAUCAUUGGCUAUUUUAUGUGUAAGCUUAUAGAGUUGCAAUUGCAGAAUCAAUUAACUAUUUUUAUAAAGAAAUAUAUAUAAACUUUUGGCAACAUU